CGCCGGGCCGAGCCCCAAGUAUCGCGGGAGUCGGGCGCCGCCGCUGCAGCCAUUGGGCGGCGCGCCGGAGGAGAGGCGGCGGCGGCGGCGGCGGCAGCGGCAGCUGACGCGCGGCUCCCGACCCGGCGAGGCAGCGGUGCGGAGCCGAGCCCGGCGCAGCCUCGGCCGCGCCUCGGGGCCGCUGUCCCGCCUCGGCGGCCAUGAGGAGGAGGAGGGCGGCGGCGCCGCGCUUGGCCCCGGGCGGGCGGCGGCGCUGCUGAGCGCGGGGGGCGCGGCUGUGGGGCUCGGCGUCCCGCCUCAGGCACUUGGACAGUUACCCAGCAGUUAGUGCUCCAAUAGUACUUUGGGAGCAUGGCCGCAGCAGAACUCCCAGUCCUGACGUUGAAUGCAGCUUAUAAUGUGGGAUGCUUUUCUUUGCUUCCAUAUGGGAUUUUAACUGUGGAAGUUUGAUACGUCUCAGCAACUGCCGUCUUUCCUCAGAAACUGAGCUAGAAACCAAGUAAAGCAAUGAGGAGAUUUGUUUACUGCAAGGUGGUUCUGGCCACUUCUCUCAUAUGGGUGCUUGUGGACGUCUUUUUACUUUUAUACUUUAGUGAAUGUAAUAAAUGUGACGACAAGAAAGAGAGGUCUCUGCUGCCUGCUCUGAGGGCUGUUAUUUCUCGAAGCCAAGAAGGACCUGGAGAGAUGGGAAAGGCUGUGCUCAUUCCCAAGGAUGACCAGGAGAAGAUGAAAGAGUUGUUUAAAAUCAACCAGUUUAACCUUAUGGCCAGUGACCUGAUUGCCCUGAACCGAAGUUUGCCUGACGUGAGAUUAGAUGGGUGCAAGACAAAGGUCUACCCCGAUGAGCUCCCCAACACAAGUGUAGUGAUUGUGUUUCACAACGAAGCCUGGAGCACCCUGCUUCGGACCGUGUACAGCGUUAUCAACCGCUCGCCGCACCGCCUGAUUUCUGAAAUCAUCCUGGUGGAUGACGCCAGCGAGAGAGAGUUUUUGAAGGCCUCGUUGGAGAACUACGUGAAAAACCUGGAAGUCUCCAUCAAGAUCAUCCGGAUGGAGCAGAGGUCGGGACUGAUCCGCGCGCGGCUCCGCGGGGCAGCAGCCUCCCGAGGGCAGGUGAUAACGUUCCUGGACGCGCACUGCGAGUGCACCCUGGGCUGGCUGGAGCCACUGCUGGCCAGGAUCAAGGAGGACAGGAAGACCGUUGUCUGCCCGAUCAUUGAUGUGAUCAGCGAUGACACAUUUGAAUACAUGGCUGGAUCUGAUAUGACUUAUGGAGGGUUCAACUGGAAACUGAACUUUCGCUGGUAUCCAGUUCCCCAGAGAGAGAUGGACAGGAGGAAAGGAGACAGGACCUUGCCUGUCAGGACCCCUACUAUGGCUGGUGGCCUAUUUUCUAUUGACAGAAACUACUUUGAAGAGAUAGGAACUUACGAUGCAGGAAUGGAUAUCUGGGGUGGAGAGAAUCUUGAAAUGUCUUUUAGGAUUUGGCAGUGCGGUGGCUCCCUUGAGAUUGUCACCUGCUCGCAUGUUGGCCAUGUUUUCAGAAAGGCAACACCUUACACCUUCCCUGGUGGCACGGGACAUGUCAUCAACAAGAACAACAGGAGACUGGCAGAGGUCUGGAUGGAUGAGUUUAAAGACUUCUUCUAUAUAAUAUCCCCAGGUGUUGUUAAGGUGGAUUAUGGUGAUGUAUCCGUCAGAAAAGCACUAAGAGAAAAUCUGAAGUGUAAACCCUUCUCGUGGUACUUGGAAAACAUCUAUCCCGACUCCCAGAUUCCACGGCGCUAUUACUCGCUUGGUGAGAUCAGGAACGUUGAAACCAACCAGUGUCUAGACAACAUGGGCCGCAAGGAAAAUGAAAAAGUGGGCAUUUUCAACUGCCACGGCAUGGGAGGAAAUCAGGUGUUUUCCUACACCGCUGACAAAGAGAUCCGCACGGACGACUUGUGCCUGGAUGUCUCGAGGCUGAACGGUCCCGUCAUCAUGCUGAAGUGCCACCACAUGAGAGGGAACCAGCUCUGGGAGUACGAUGCUGAGAAGCUCACCCUGAGGCACAUCAACAGCAACCAGUGUCUGGAUGAGCCGUCAGAGGAGGACAAGAUGGUUCCCACCAUGAGGGAGUGCGGUGACAGCCGUUCCCAGCAGUGGCUGCUGCGCAACAUGACCCUGGGUGCCUGAAGUCGGCGCAGACCCGCUGCCUCGGCCAGGAUGUCCUGCUCCUCCUCCUCCCCUCCUCCUUGCUGAGGACAGUGGUGCUGAAGCCCUCUCCAAACACCGGCUGUCGGAGCAAAGCCACAGUGUGUGUGUGGGGCGGUCUUUGAUGUGGCAGGUCUCCAUGUGCCCCUUUGAAACCUGGGACUGUUCAGAAGAAGCUCAUCUGAGUCUAUAAAUCAAAACGUGCUGUUACCAACACAAACGUGCUUCAAAAAUGGUUCCAGAGAAACCUCUCUAAACCCUACAUCAAAGAGGUUGGGAUGGAGAGUGUUUUCUGUGUGUCACACACCACAGCGGAGAAGUAACCCGAUAUAAAAUGCCUUAUGAUGCUAACUGGCAGUGGGAACCGUCCUGGCAGGCAUCUCCUGAGCUGGAUGUGUUGGUGCUGGUCUUCCUUGGCAACGUGGUGGGAAUAUUUGCUGUUCUCCCGUGUCGAGUGGGACUCGGUGGAUAACCACACUGAGCAGCAAUGUUGCCAGACAGAGGGAAAGCUUAGUGGUUUGUGCCAGGCAAAAAAAACCACCAUAAAGGAUCCUGUUGUUUGAAAAGGCAGCAAAACUGAGCAACGACUGCACUCAGAAAUUGAAAUUAAAUCAAAUGAGGCAACAGCAAAAAACAGCAGCAGCAUUUAGCAGGAGUGAUGCACGUGGGUACCUCAGACCAGCGCAGGCGAGACUGUCCUCGGCUGUGGGAAGGGAAGUGGCUGAGGCUGACACCGGGGCAGCUGUGGGGGGGUUGCAGGUGGAGGCACCACACACUGGCCCUCUGAGACCACUGGAGACCGUGAGUCAGUCUGAACUUGAUCCAUAGCUGCUACCCUUAAGCAUUAGUGCAUAGCUGCAUCCCACCCAGGACACAGCCCAGAGCUUCAUCCCUGGAUCCCCGAUGCACAGAGGAUAAAACUGCAUCGACUCUGCCUUCUGGGCCCAGAUGUUCUUGCUUCGAUAGCAAUGAGAGAUGCUUAUUUUUAUUUUUAAUAAUUUUGUGGCUUAAUCAUUUUGUUAGCAUGGUUAUGAAAAACGUGCUGAUGACACGCAGUCGUGUCGGAGGUAUUGCAGGAACUGAGGCCUGUGGUGGGGUGUGGGGAAGGGUCCUGUACGUAAGGGUGACAUUUCCUAUAUGUACUGGUGACAUUUCCUUUGGUGACCCCAGCAGCAUGCACUCCCCAAAAUGCAUCUGUUGCACGAUGGGUUGGGCAGGGGUUUUGGCAAUAGUCUGUAACGUCCCGUUGCCGAGAGGGGCCACGGGGGCUAAAUCACAGGGCAGCAGCCGCAGCGUAAUUCCAGCACGGGUAAGUGGUGAAAUGGUUUCCCAUUAUUUCACUCACAGCUCCUCAAAAGGUCUGUUUAUGCACUAGGUCAUUAAAAAUUAUGGUAUUUUCUGUAUAAUGCUCUGGUUGUUACGGAUUAAUAGUGUCAUAUAUGUAUGUAUUAUAAAUUUAUAGAUCAUCCAUAUUUUCUUGAUACACAUCAUUAAAUGAAAAAUAGAAGGAUAUUAAAUUGGAAAAGUGAUUGCUGUGCAUGCAUGGGAGCUAGAGUAUCACGGAUUAACUCACAUUGGAAGCUCAUCUAGUCCAGCCUCCCUGCUCAGUGGGGUCAAACACUUCCAGUUCUCAGCUUCAGCUUGCCACAGAGGAACACAACAUGGCUUAGAAGCUGGUGAAACGGGAGAAGGCUGAAAUGCUGCUUCACAGAAAGAGCGUGCAGACACCAUGAAAAAAUUUAGACACCAGUCUCCAUGCAGAAAAAAAAUGAAUAAAUUGUCUCUUCUUCUCCUUUGCAAAGGCUUUCACCACGUGCACAGCCACUCGUGCCGGUAAGUCGUGUGGGCAGGCACUUGGCUUCUGCAUGUCCCUGCAGAAGUGAGUGUUGUGGAAGGUCCUGCAGCAUCCAGGAGCCUCAGGAGGGGGUAGCUGGGGGUGCCGUCUGUUCGGGGGCUUCUUGACGUCACAGCUGGAGGGUCAUGGCAAAUGCAGCUGUCUGGGCUUUGAGGUGCAAUCUCAAAAAAAGAUGAAUAAAAUGAUAUUUCUCUUUAGAAUUACUAUAAAGGUUAAUACUCCUAUGAAGUGUGUAAUCCCUUGGCUAAGAUAGGAAGCUUGCAGUGUUUGGGUAUGGUUAGUGCCUGCCCUGCUGUGUCCCUGCUUGGGGGGGGAAGGAAGGGAGGAGCCCUGUGUUGGAUGGUACUUAUUUAGGGGCAAGCAUCCCUCACAGCCGCAGCAGAAGUAUUGCUCUAGGUCUUCUGUGUGUUAGCAGGAUGGCCCGCCAUUUAGAAAUUAUGCUCAGACCUAGAAAAAAAGCACUGAAGUACCGGUUUCACUCCAGUCAUGGUGAGUUUUUCCAUGGGCUUUGAAGGGUGGAUCCUGGAUUUACCCCCUCGGUGAGGAUACAGAAGCCCCGUGAGUCUCAUUGCAGAGGAAUCUCACACGAAGCCUCACCUGUGGAGCGUGCGGUGGUGAUGGUGAGGGUGCCUUAAAUGCAGAUACAGCAUCAGAGGUGGGAAAUGAUGGGGUUUGGCAAAUGAAUGUAAGUUACUGCGCUUGGGUCCCUGCCCUUCCUCCUGCUGCUGAAUUCAGGUGUUGCCUUGGCAAGCAAUUUGGGCUAAAAUAAUUUAAAAUAGCUCGUUCGGUUGCCUCUGUUGGUGAGUGUCUGAAGCUCAGUACCCACAAACAGACCACAGCCAAAAAGCAUCGGUUGGACUUUGUUUCCCCAUUUAUACAAUAUCUCAGAAAGUUGCCAGGAGGAUUGACUUCUAUUUGCAAAAUGUGUUUAAAAUAUAAAGACUCCUACAAGUGCUGAGUAUUUGUUGUUUUCACUGUAAAAGUGUGGCUGGUUCUCCUGUUUUUUAAGACUGGCUUGGAUGAAAUGGGAGUGAGCUGUAAUGCUAGGUGGCAUUGGCAGACCGAAUGGUUUGAAGAGUAAGUUGAACCAUAAAUGCUGUAAAAAGUUCCUUUCGAUCUCCUGGUACCUUCAGGUGAUGAAUGGAGGCAGGGAACCCAGGUACGACCCCAGAACUGAAAUAGGCAGUUGGAUCAAUCGACCCAGAUGGGUUUCUCUGCCGAUACCUAUUUCCCAGUCGCCAGGAGGAUUUAUUGAGUUCUUGCACUCUGAUAGGAACAAAUAGCGCUUUGAAGAAAAGCUGCAAAACCACGUUCUGAUUUUUUUUAUUAUUAUUAUUUUAUUGGAAAUGGGAGAUCUCAUCUGAUCCUGUGCCCUUGGGCUGCAUCUCGUGGGGGUGCUGGGCAGAGCCUCGCGCCAGGUGAUCCUCGCAAGGUCAGAGCACAGCUGGUGAGCCCACACCAUGCGUAACCUGCUGCUCGCCACGAGCCGCUACCUGGUCCGACGGCACUGAGCAAACACCAGCAAUGUGAUUUAACACUUCUGUGGCUUCCCAUGGGCCAUGCUUACCCUCCAACGUGUAAUAACGUCCAUCCAGACUCAUUGCUCCGACACGUGGCCACCCCCCUUGUAUUUUUAUUUUUUUUUUAUUAUUAUUUUUUUCUCCACGAGCACAUAUCCAGCACAGCUCGGCAAAGCAGUGCCUUGCCAAAAGCCCACGGCACCCUGAGAUCAUACACAGUUUAUUUGAAAAAUGUUGGUAUUCUGCUCAGGUGUUUACCGAAGCAGCCAAAGACUGAGGUGGGUAGUUUGGAGGAUGUGCUUGCAAAAGCUCCUGAAUAAGUGCUGGGAAGACAAAUUUAAAUUAGAGUUAUGAAAGUAGAUUGUGGAUAAAGAAUUGCACAUUUUAAAUGUUGUAACGGUUAUGAAAUGGCAUACUGGUACUCUUUGCUGUACAUUUAAAUAUUUAUACAGUUUUGUAGAAUUAAAAUAUACUGGUUU